AUGAUAGUAACACUAAACCCUAAGAUUCUCUAUUUCUCCAAAUUCAACCCACAAUCUCCUCUUUCUCGUCCUUCUUCUUACUUCUGCAGAGCUCGAAAUGUCUCUCUGAUCACCAAUUGCAAGCUUCAGAAUCCUCAAGAUGGGAAAACGAUUGGGAAUAAGAGCAUCAGCAGCGGAAAUCUUACGAAAACCAUUUCGCUUUCCGAUUCCGCGCCGCCGGUUGCGGAAGAGACCAACGGGAAGAUUUCCGGCGAUGGGGUUGGUACAGGUGGUAAUGGUGGAGGAGGAGACGGUGGGUUAUCGUUUCUGAAGAGGCUACGGAGAAAAGUUUUGUCCACUUUGUCUAAUUUGCCUCUUGCUAUCACAGAAAUGUUCACCAUUUCGGCUCUCAUGGCUCUCGGCACUGUGAUUGAACAAGGUGAAACACCUGAUUUCUAUUUCCAAAAGUAUCCAGAGGAUAAUCCUGUGCUAGGGUUCUUCACUUGGAGAUGGAUUGACACUCUUGGAUUGGACCACAUGUACUCUGCUCCUAUUUUUCUUGGGAUGUUGGCUCUCUUAGCAGCUUCACUUUUGGCAUGCACUUAUACCACUCAGAUCCCUCUGGUUAAAGUUGCAAGGAGAUGGAGUUUUAUGAAGUCAGAUGAGUCAAUUAAAAAGCAGGAUUUUUCAGAUACUCUUCAAAGAGCAUCUAUUCAAGACUUGGGAUUGAUUUUGAUGGGUGAAGGAUAUGAGGUGUUUAUGAAGGGUCCUUCAUUGUAUGCUUUUAGGGGUUUGGCUGGUAGAUUUGCGCCAAUCGGAGUACAUAUAGCAAUGAUUCUGAUUAUGGUUGGUGGAACACUUAGUGCGACAGGGAGCUUUAGAGGCUCGGUCACAGUUCCUCAAGGGCUCAAUUUUGUCAUGGGAGAUGUCUUAGGUCCGGUUGGGUUUUUCUCAUUUCCAACGGAUGCUUUCAACACCGAAGUUCAUGUUAACCGAUUCACCAUGGAUUAUUAUGAUAGUGGAGAGGUCUCACAGUUUCACUCUGAUCUUUCACUGCGUGACCUUAAUGGGAAGGAGGUUCUGAGAAAGACAAUUAGCGUUAAUGAUCCGAUGAGAUACGGUGGGGUCACUAUAUACCAGACAGAUUGGAGUUUCUCAGCUUUGCAGGUGACGAAAGAUGGUGAAGGACCAUUCAACUUGGCUAUGGCACCUAUUAAGAUCAAUGGAGACAAGAAGUUAUAUGGGACCUUCUUACCAGUUGGUGAUACUAAUGCUCCCAAUGUCAAAGGAAUAUCUAUGCUAGCUCGGGAUCUACAGUCCAUUGUUGUGUACGAUUUGGAAGGGAAGUUUGCAGGAAUAAGGAGACCGAACUCGAAGCUUCCGAUUGAAAUCGAUGGUAUGAAGAUCGUUAUUGAGGAUGCAAUUGGAAGCACUGGUCUUGAGUUAAAGACUGAUCCAGGAGUACCAGUUGUCUAUGCUGGCUUUGGUGCUCUCAUGCUCACAACCUGCAUCAGUUACUUAUCUCAUUCACAGAUAUGGGCACUACAAAACGGAACAACAUUGGUUGUGGGAGGAAGAACCAACAGAGCCAAGAACACAUUCCCUGAUGACAUGAACCGUUUGCUCGACCAAGUUCCUGAGCUAAUCAAGAAGGCUUGA